GGUUACGAGAUCGCUCCGUUCCAACUCGAAGAUGACUGGGGUUUUUGAGAACUUAAAUACUGAUAUGCAUUCGAACCAGAUUACCUCAAGCAGUUACCACAGCUUGCACAAAUCGCAGGAGUCCCCGACUUUGCCGGUGUCCACGGCGACGGACAGCAGCUAUUACAACAGCCAACAGCCUGGCCACUGCGCCGGUUCUCCAUUUGGCCAACUCGGCUCUUACCAGUACCAUGGCAGCGCUACGAGCACUGUGCCAUAUAACGCAAAGGCAUACGAUCUUGGUUUCAACUCAUCUUAUGGUGCAUACAGCUCCUACGGCUCCAACUCCUCUCCUACUCCAGCUGACACAGAGAAAGAAGAGAGCGAGCCAGAAAUCCGUAUGGUUAAUGGAAAACCAAAGAAGGUCAGGAAACCUCGAACCAUUUAUUCCAGCUUCCAACUGGCUGCACUUCAACGGAGGUUUCAAAAGACCCAGUAUUUGGCUCUACCAGAACGGGCCGAGCUGGCAGCCUCGCUGGGCCUUACGCAAACACAGGUCAAAAUCUGGUUCCAAAACCGCCGCUCCAAGUUCAAGAAGUUGUGGAAAAGUGGAGAAAUCCCCCCAGAUCAACAUGUUGCUUCCAGCGAAUCCCCCCCCUGCUCGUCUCCGCCAACUACUGCCUGGGACUUUCCACAGACUCAAAGAAUGAACAGUGUCAACUCCAGUUUACCUCAGAGCAGCAGCCCUCCCAACACGACUGCGCCUUCAUCGUUUUUGGCAAACUACUCCUGGUACUCAACCACGAACUCUACGACGCAUCUGCAGCCUCCUCUGGUCCAGCAUCACCAUAAUUCCGCCAUAAGCGCUGGGACAAUAUUCUGAAACAACAACAACAAACAUCGGGUUUAAAUCGGACAAUACUGGUGAAAAAAAGAAAAAUGCCAAUACCUUAAUUUUACAGACCUCGUGUGUGCGCCAUGCGAACUUUACACGCAAGCAUCAAGGAGAAAUUAAUGGAGCCAUGCAGACAGGUUCAUUGACCCCGCCAGAUUUCGCGCUGGCAAAUGGUAGACACAGAUUUCUACAGUUAUUUUUGUAUUUAUUUAUUUUGUGUAUGUCGAGGGAUGAAUGAACCACUAUUACCCAAAGCAAUCACAGCCUGGGCGCAAGCCUACU